CAGUAUUGUCAGUAACCGUGAGUUCCUCGUUGUGGAUAGACACCCGUCUUGUUUUACGCGGCGAUUACGAACGCAAUCAGCCGCGAUGUCGCGUGUUUACCAACCUACCGAUUAUGUUGUCGAAAAGUCGCUAUUGCCGUCUUUUGAAAAAUACAAAGAAAUGCAUAAACAAUCAUUAGAUGAUCCUGAAAAGUUUUGGUCUCAAAUAGCGAGCGAAUUCGAUUGGCAGACUCCGGCUCAGCCCGGCAAAUUCGUAUCGUACAAUUUCGACCUGAAUAAAGGGAACAUUUUUGUCAAAUGGAUGGAAGGGGCAGUCACUAAUAUUUGCUUCAAUUUAUUGGACCGGAAUGUGAGGAAUGGACACGGGGACAAGAUAGCUUAUUACUGGGAAGGAAACCACCCGGACGACUACAGCCGCAUCACGUACAGGAAACUGAUGGACCUGGUGUGUCAGUUCUCCAACGCGCUGAAGGAUAAUGGCGUGGGGAAGGGAGACCGUGUGUCUCUCUACAUGCCCAUGAUUCUGGAGACGGUGGUGUGCAUGCUGGCGUGCGCGAGGAUCGGUGCCAUACAUUCCGUAGUGUUCGCAGGAUUUUCUUCGGAUUCGCUCUCGGAGAGGAUGGCGAGCUGCAAGGCCAAGGUGCUGGUGACGGCGGACGGCGGGUGGCGCGGCGAGAAGCUGCUCGUGCUCAAGAACACGUGCGACGAGGCCAUGCAGAAGUCCCAGGCCAAAUACAACCACAAGGUCGACAAGUGCAUCGUCGUGUCGCACCUCAAGAGAGUCACGCCGUGUGGGAAACUGCCCGAUGAUAUCUCGUCUUUGUACAAAUGGACGGAAGACAGAGACGUGUGGUGGCAUGACAUAAUGGAGGGCCAAUCCACCUUCUGCCCGCCAGAAUGGAUGGGUGCAGAGGAACCGCUGUUCAUGCUCUAUACCAGCGGCUCCACCGGCAAGCCGAAAGGCGUGUUGCACACCACCGCCGGCUAUCUGCUGUACGCCGCCACCACCUUCCGCUAUGUGUUCGACUACAGAGACAAGGACGUGUACUGGUGCACCGCCGACGUCGGCUGGAUCACGGGCCACACCUACGUCGUGUACGCACCAUUGGCCAACGCCGCCACCUCUGUCCUCUUCGAGGGCACCCCGUUCUACCCAGACAACGACCGCUACUGGGCCGUAGUGGAGAAGUGCAAGGUGUCGCAGUUCUACACUGCGCCCACCGCCAUCAGAACCCUCACUACGUUUGGCGAGGAGCCCGUUAAAAGGCACGAUUUAAUGUCGCUGCGGGUGCUGGGCAGCGUGGGCGAGCCGAUCAACCCCGAGGCGUGGCUGUGGUACUAUAAACUGGUGGGCAACGGGCGCUGCUCCAUAGCCGACACCUUCUGGCAGACCGAGACCGGCGGCCACGUCAUCACCAGCCUGCCGGGAGCCACGCCGAUGAAGCCCGGCGCUGCGGGCUUCCCGUUCUUCGGUGUUGAGCCGAAGCUUCUGGACGAGAGCGGCGCCGUGAUCGAGGGCCCCGGCGAGGGUUACCUGGUGUUCGCGAGGCCCUGGCCCGGCAUCAUGCGCUCGCUGUGGGGCGACCACGACCGCUACGAGCAAGUCUACUUCUCCAAGUUCCCUGGCUACUACUGCACUGGCGAUGGUGCUCGUCGCGACGAAGACGGUUUCCUGUGGGUGACAGGGCGCAUCGACGACAUGCUCAACGUGUCGGGCCAUCUGAUGUCCACGUCAGAGGUGGAGGGCGUGCUCACGGAGCACCCGCACGUGGCCGAGGCGGCCGUCGUAUCCAAGCCGCACCCCAUCAAGGGUGAGUCGCUAUACUGUUUUGUGGUGCUCGUGGACGGCGUGCAGCUGGACGCGGAGAUGCUGGACGCGCUGCGCAAGCUGGUCCGCGCGCGCAUCGGCGCGUUCGGCGUGCCCGACACCGUGCAGUACGCGCCCGGCUUGCCCAAGACGCGCUCCGGCAAGAUCAUGCGCCGCGUGCUGCGCAAGGUGGCCGUCGGCGACCGCGAUGUCGGCGACGUUUCCACGCUCGCCGAGCCCGCCGUCGUCGAACAACUCUUUAACAACAGGCCUUAGACACUUCCGUUACAUGUUAUGUAACGCUUUGUUUCCUAAUCGAAUCGAUAAGAAAUAAUUUAUAGAUUUUCCCUAAGUCCACAUGCUACGGUUGCUAUCCGCCCGCUUCCAUCCUUGUUUAGGCAUAUUAAGAAUAAAGUUUAGGUUUUGACUGCACAGAAUGCAGACUUGUUAGCGACUAUUUUUUGACAUCAUCAUUAAUCAUGUAAAUUUGCCUAAAGGGUACUAUAACCGGGUAAGCAUGGGCAAACUGCCCUUAGCGAAAAAAAUAAUUUCCACACUGUUAAUCCCGAUUUUAAUUUUUGAAAAACAUAUAUGAUAAAAAUUAUUAAAUUUUACAUUAAAUAUGUACAUUUGGUAACUGUCGCAAUCUCGCACAUAAUUUUUUUUAUUUCUGAAAAUUUUCACCUCAGUUUUUUACUAUAUUUUUCAAGAGAUAAUUCAAUAUUAUUUUUUUCAGAAAGCGACCUUAAUUGUAUAUACAACAUACCCAAAUUACAAAUAAAUCGGAUCAGUACUUUGGCUGUAAUAAAAUAAAAAUGUUUUUUCUUGUUUUGCAUUUUUUUUUAAACCUGAAGCAUUUGAGGCUUAAUUUUUGGUGAAAGCACUACAUAUAUAUAGGUUAAUAAUCCAGUAAAAGGAAAUUAAUAUUUUCGCUAAGGGCAGUUUGGCCAUGCUUACCCGGCUAUACCCUUUACAACAAUGUAUCUACUAACGGAACCAACUUUAGAAUAGGGGGCUAGGCGGUGUCAUCGUUAACAAGCUGAGCUGUGCCUAACAAUAUGGUUUAUCAUUUCUAUUUUACACUUACCUAACUGAAUUAAGAAAUGAGACAGGAAUAUAAUACUACCGAUUUACUGACUCAUUAAAACCAUACUAUUACAACUAUAAGUGAGCUUUGUUAAUCGUAUAAAUGUUUAUUAUAUUAUAAAAAAAAUAUAUCGAAUAUCUAAAUUUGUAAUUAUUUAAACAUCUUCUGUAAGAUAAGAUGUGCUUAGAGUGUUAAUAGAAAUUCUAUAAGAGUGGUAAGUAUAAGUAAAACUUACAAGUUAUUUACGAAAAUAUAGUAACCCUGCGACCCUCAUAGAGCGCGGCGAUCGCGAGCGAUAUGCUGUGUAGGUAUAAACCGUACAAAGAGUUUCCUCUGUUUUAAAGUCUAAGCAAAAAUAUAGUCUUUCAUUAAAGGUAAUAAUUAUUGAACUAAUUGUCCCUACCUUUUAACAGUUAGGGACUGUUAUUAGUGUUUUUAUUUCAUUUGCUAACUUUGGAACAAGUAGGUGUGUUUACUUUGUGAUUAUUUGAUAUUUAUGCCAUCAGAUAUAUAGAACCGACCAAGGCGCUCACAAAUAUCGCUCUGCUCUAUAUAAUAGAGUGCGUUUUGAGAUAUUUUUGAACACCUCGGCCGCUCUGAUAUAUCUGAUGUCGACCGUGCCUCUUGGUACAUGUGAUUGGUUGUCUUGGUAAAUGUGUCUUUGUGUAGGAGUGAGUGGGUGUAAUAUAAUAUAAUAUUAAACCUUAUAGGUACUUAAUGUAAUUUGUAAACACGGACCGUUUUAUUUGAUAAGUAAGUAUUUGUUCUGAUGAUACAUAGGUACUUGUAGUGUUAAACGAAGAUAAAAGUUGUCAUUUGUUUGUAUGAACAGUAAAACUGUUGUAUUGAAAAAUGAUAAGUCAUUCCACGAUUUUUGUGUAAGUACCUAAUAUUUAUAAUUAAUUUAAGAAGAAAAUGUUUAGUAGACAUAUUAUUUAUAUUAGUUUUUAAUAUAUUUGUCUGGUCAUACCUAUACAUUGUACAAAGCUAAUUAUUUUAAGUAGCUCUGUCCGUUUGUCCAUCAGCCAAAUACGAGUGUAGAAUACCUACUGCAGCGCAUUGUGUACCUAAUCCUAUUAUGCAAAUAUGUAUAUGUAACGUUACACGACCGCCACGCCGACAAUGAAAUGCUUACCUCCUGACAUGUAACAAAAAAUAAUAAUAAUAGAAAAUAUAGCUGUAAAGUUAAUUGUAGAUUUAUAUUUUAAGUAUCAUUAUUUUAUUUUGGAAAAUAGGUAGACACUUAUGUUUUGAUAAACAUACACAUUUGAUUUACAUUUUUUUUUCAUUAUGUUUUUUUGUAUUCGUUUUUAUACUUUUAAUAAUGUAGAUCUUAUAAUUUAUAGGUUGUGAUAUUGUUAGUUUGCCAUUGAUACAUGUUGGUUCCUGUAAUGUGCACAAAAUAAAUGAUUCAGGGUCACACUGCUGAAUGUUAUCGUUGAA